CGCCACGCUAACGGGACUGAAUAUCUGUAUCGCUCGAUAUGUCUGGGUUAUUAGGGCCACGAAAACACAUGGCCCGCAUUCUGUAGCGGUUUUCGACAGGGUAUAUUUGGGAUGUAGCGAACGAAACUCGUGAUGGGCUCUAGGUUGUAGCCGCACCAUCACUUGCGCGCUCAGGCGUCCUCUCACUACAACUCCCAUCGUCCAUUCGAUCAGAAUGGCGUUUUCCGUCCAAUCCGUAAGGUCAGAGGGCAUUGGUUUUGUCGCGCAGUUGUGCGACGAACCCUCAUCGCUCGGGCACCACAGAUUCCUUCCUCCAACCCGGCUACGAAACGGACCUACCGGUGCCACUGCCCAGCUGGUGCCUCUGCCACUGGCCGGUCGCCGAGCGGGACUCUGAGUCGGGCAAGGGGCGACAGCGACGGCGUCGCGGAGCGGGGAGUCGAGGACCCUGACUUGGGCAUGGGGCGACGGCGUCGCGACGGCGGCGGGCAUGGGACGAGUCGUCGACUCCGAGUCGAAGCUCCGAAGCUCCAGACUCGCCUCCCUUGGCUCUUCCAGGGACUCCUUGGAAGUAUAUUUGCUUGCUCGUCGGUCCCGCCUGCUUCAUUCCCGCAGUUUCUCUCCACCAACUAGUGCUAGUACCAGGCGACUAGUCGCUCUCUCAUUCUCUGCUACCUCCGUAGCAGCGUCUCGAGCUACCGCUGGAACGCGGUUCGCUCGUACCCUACGCGGCAGGCGCAAUGGCCGUCACGACUGCUGGUGAAGGGCGGGGUACGUUCUCCGCGCGGCUUCUCCCCCUCCUCGUCCUCGCCUUGCUGCUUCAAGCCGCGCCCACUGCGUUCGCCCGCCACUGGUUCUGGAACCACGGCCUCUUCCCCGUCGUUGGGGACCCUGCGCCGGUCGCCGCCAUUCCGCUGAACUCCGCGGCGGCGGCCGCCGCCGCUCAGACGACGCUGCCUACGACGGCGGUGGUUCUACCAUCGGCGCCCGCCCUGCUUCCAGCGGCCCCGCUUGCGCCGGCUGAAGGCCCGCCGGUUCUUUCCCCCUCGGCUCUUUUCCCCCCCGCUCUUUCCCCGCCGUCUCUUUCCCCGCCGGCUCUUUCCCCGCCGGCUCUUUCCCCGCCAGCUCUUUCCCCGCCGGCUGAUUCCCCGCCGGCUGAAGCCCCGCCGGCUGCAGCCCCACCGCCGCCGGCAGCUCCUUCCGCGAAUGAGUGCUACGAUGCGGCCCCCGUGGACCCUCUCAUCGCGAGGGGGGCUGCGCCCGAUCCGUGCGCUGCGCUGGCGGCGGAGCUGAAUCGCACUGGCGUGGGGAAAAUGGGGAACAAGACUGGCGGAAUGGGAUUCGCAGCACCUUCCUUGUUCCGCGCGUGCUACGCCGCAUUUCUGUUCAGGGAGAAGUGCGACUUUGUGGACCUUCUGUCGAUCGCGAACGCGUUCAACAAUCACUACGUGUACAAGCACAUCGCCAUGGACUCGCCGGAUCAGACCAACCUGCCGAGCAGCAUCGAUAUCAUCGAGGUGCUGGGGAAAAUCGUCAUUGACGCCGGGGCGGGGAAGUACGCAAAGCUGGCGGAUGCACACAUGGCGGCUCAUUGGGCGACGAUGGCGCUCAACGACGGGCACAGCGCUUUCAUGCCGACCUGCUUCAUGAGCGGGGAGUUCAACCUGCCACUGCCGCUGAUGGCUGUCGUCGAAAACGGGCAGCAGAUCAUUCGCGUUGCUCCGCGCCGAUAUAUCACACCCAAGGGGAUGAAUACGGUUGCGAAGGCUCUGCACAAUUUUGACUUCGACCUUUACGAGGGCCGACAGGUGGUGGCUAUUAACGGGGACAAAGCUGAGGACUACAUUUUGAAGUGGGCAGACAAGGAAGUGGGAACCUACCGCAAUCGGGCUGCGCGAUUCAACAGGGCGUUCGCGAGGAACGAAGUGGACAAAUCGCUCAAGGGGACCCACAUCCGUCAGGUGCCCGGCAGCUUCGCGAGGCGCGCCUUUGCUCCUGAAAACGACACCGUGCUCGUGUCCUUCGCAACCACCAAGGGAGCUUCAACCGAGGAUGUCCAGGUGCCAUGGAUCGGCUCCGCUCAGUUUGGCGCAUAUGAGAAUGCCUUGGGCUACUGGGCUCAGUACUGUGCAGUGCCGAAGCCGUCCGACCCUGCCAGUGGCGGCACCAGCGCGCAUGCAACCGCCGUCGGACAUGCGGACACCCCGGUGAUGGAUAGGAUUCUCCCGCGCCAUCCCCCGCCAGUCUACUAUGAAGAUAGCAGCGAUGCCAGCGAUACCAGUGAUGCUUCGGAUGGCUUUAACGUGGAGAUUGCAUCUGUCGCUGCUGCAGCAGGCGGCUCCCCUGGUGCAGCAGCGGGGCCCACUGUAAAGAGGAUCUCGCCCACAACGGAUCAUUUCCUGGUGUACCUGGUGGGCGGCAGCACGGCCGUGAUCUGGCUGCACGAGUACGACCCCAGUGACGAAGUUACCAAGGCUCUGGAGGCUGAUAAGGUCGAUACGGAUGCAUACAUGGUGGAACAGAUCACCAAGGCACUCCAAACAGCAGCACAGUCCAACGCCUCCCAGGUCAUCAUUGACGUGCGGGGCAAUGGCGGUGGGUCCACUGUAGCAGCCUAUGCAACGAUCCGCCUGCUCAUGGGGGCCCAGAAGGUGCCGCCUACCGACCUUUCUCUGCCCAUGGACUUCAUCAUCAGCAACAACUACACCGAAAACGCCAUCGCCGUCCUCUCUAUCGACCGAGCAACGCAAUACUUUCCACGUUACACCGACCUCAACGGGACGUCCCUCACCAGCGCAUUCGGCUACGCUCCGUUCCGCACUCUCAAGUUCUCUGCGGCCGGGCCCGCCGGCAACUACUCGGCGAUCAUCAAGUCUCGAUACGAACUCCUCUCCAGCAAAUUCAUGGCAGAGCAGCAGCUGCCUGUGUUCGGCGACCGCCCGUUCCUCGUGCUCUCCGAUGGAGUUUGCUUCUCUUCCUGCGGCAUUCUCACGCACGUCCUGGGGAAACGCCACAAAGUACCCAUGGUGACUCUGGGUGGUUUGCCCAACCAGCCCCCGGAUGUGGGCUCCUCGUGCCUCGGGUUUACCCUGUCUGACAUGACUCCUAUCUCAACGGGUCUGAGCGCGCUUGCUGCCCUACACCCAAUGCAGGCGUCGAAGCCGCUCAAGGUGAAAGGGACGAUCGGGAUGGCGUUUACCAAUGGUUACAUCGAUUCGGAGAUUCCGUGCGAGUUUGAGUUCCUGCCCAGCCAACACCACAUUGAGUACACUGUGGACCUCAUUGACAAGCCCUGGGCCAUUUGGAGUGAGGUUGCCAAGCUCUUCGCCACCACAGCAGCCUGAUGUGGUUACAUGUUACGUUGGUUGCUACGAUCUUCUGCUCGUGCUGAUGCUGACUUGUUACGGUAUAUUGCUGGUUGUCGCUAUUUAUCGUGCUGGGUGUCGCUAUUAUCAUGCUGGUUUGUGGCUAUUUAUCAUGUUGCUGAUGGCGAGGAAUUGUGCUGGUUGUGGCUGUCUAUCAUUCUGAAUGAGGGUGUUUAGUUUGCUGAUUGUGGAUCUUUCUGAAUCCUU